AAUGCCGGGUAUCGGCAUUCCUAUCCUCAUGAGAUGGGACAUGUACACUGAUCAUCAGGGCACUGAUGUUCAGUGUAGCCCCAUCAGUGCCACUUGUCAGUGUCUAUCAAUGCCACCUGCCAGUGCCCAGCAGUGCCACAUCAAUGCCACAUAUCAGUGCCUACCAGUGCAGAUCAAUGCCACAUAUCAGUGCCCAUCUGAGCUUCCUUUCAGUGCCACCUAUCAGUGCUGCCAAUCAGUGCCACCUAUCAGUGCCGCCUAACAGUGCCAGUCAGUGCCACCUAACAGUGCCAGCCAGUGCUGCCUAUCAGUGCCACCUAUCAGUGGCGCCUAUCAGUGCCAUAUAUGAGUGCUGCCUUUUAGUGCCCAUCAGUGAUGCCUGUCAAUGCCCAUCAGUACCACCUACCAGUGCCUCCUCAUCAGUGCCCAUCAGUGCCGCCUAUCAGUGCCCAUCAGUGCAGCCUCAUUAGCGCACAUCAGUGAAGGAGAAAAAUCACUUAUAUAAAAAAAAAAAUUAUAACAGAAACUAAGAAAAAAUUAUUAUUUUUUUAAUUUUCAAUUGUUUUUGGUUUGUUUAGCAAAAAAAUAA